UGUGCAUGCGCAAUGUGGUCGAAACAUGAAGAUGCCAGUGCUUCUCAGAACCUUGAAUCGUGAGAAUAUUUGUUGAAUUUGCCCUUGUUUUUUGCGUAAACGAAUUCACAGAUUUAUGGUCUUCUUUUUUUGAACGUAACUUAUUCAACCAGCCUGUAUUUCGGCUAGCCGCGCUGGUUGAAAAUGUCUGAUUUCUUGGAACAUGAAGCCGAGGAAUCGGACGAAGAGUUGGAAGCAAAUUCCGACGAGGAGGAUUUAGGCCCAUCUGAAAAGAAAAAGAAGAGAAAGAAAAUUGAAGAUGAAGAAGAGGAUGACGAGGAAGAUGAGAUUGAUGAAGAAUUGAUAAAUGAUAUAAUCAAUGAUGACGAUGAAGAAGUCGAAGAAAGUGACCAAGAACCCCGGCGGAAAAAACGGCCUAGAAGAGAGAGUGAAGACGAAGUAGAUGAUGAGGAUCUUGCAUUGAUUGAAGAAAACACUGGUAUUAAGUUAAAAAAGAAAAAACAUUCUAGAGUCAAACUGUUAGAUUCUGAUGAAGAAGAUGAGCCAGAUGAAACCAAGGAAAGGGAGGAAAUAGAGAAUGAGUUGUUCAAAGAUGAUGAAGAAUUGAAUGGAAGAUCUAGUGAUGAGAAUGGAAGAUCUAGUGACGAGAAUGGAAGAUCUAGUGAUGAGAGGGAAGACGAAUCAGCUGCUGGAAAUCAAGGAAGUAGCCAAGCAUAUGCACCAAUUGAGGAUUUAACUGAUGAAGAGGAUGACGAUGGAGACUAUGGAUUCAUUGUUGAUGAUGAUGAUCAGCCAAUUCACACGAGACCUGCAAAGAAGAAACGAAGCAAGGACAAAUACAUAAGCAGUGCAUUGCAAGAAGCCCAAGAUAUUUUUGGCCUAGAGUUUGACUUGAAUGAGUUAGAUCAAUAUGAUGAUGGUCUUGAUCAAGCAUCCGAAGAAGACUACGAAGAAAAUGAAGAUGAAGUACAGACUGUGAAAAAGAGAAAGAAGAAGAAGACUUCAAGGAAAUCCAUUUAUGAUGUCUACGAGCCUUCUGAACUAGAGAAAAGCCAUUUAACUGAUAAAGAUAACGAGGUGAGAGUGCGCGACAUUCCUGAGAGAUUCCAGCUCCGUGCAGUGCCGGUGAAGCUGGCCACUGAUAUAGAGCUUGAUGACGAAGCUGAAUGGAUCUACAAGCAAGCGUUUAUGCAGACGCCCAUAUCGCAACAGAAUUUCCCGGAGUCAAGAGACUUUGAACGAAGACACCCCGCACCGCAGUUAAAACCUGUUUCAACAAUACCAAAAAUCAGGUCGGCUUUGAACUUUAUGAAGAAAGAAUUGUUCGAGGUCCCAUUUAUUGCAACAUACAGAAAAGAAUACAUCGAACCAGAGUUGAAAGUUGAUGAUCUUUGGACAAUAUUUGACUUCGAUGCUAAGUGGACACAAUUGAAUGGAAGGAAACAAAAUAUGAAAAAGCUCUUCGAGCAGAUGCAAAAAUAUCAAUUUGAACUCGUACUCAAAAAUGAGGACAAAAAAGUCGAUGAACAUUUCAGGACACUUGAGCAAGAAGAUAUUGAUGCAUUAGACAAUGUUCAGGGAAUGGAAGAGUUGAUGGACGUGUACAUGCAGUUCCAAUUGUACUACUCUGACGACAUCCCGAAAAUGCAGGCUUGGUUUAAGGACAAAGAGAGGGCUGCAAAGAAGUCGAAGUCAAAAGUAAAAGAGAAAACAAAGAAAAAAGAAAGUAGCGACGGAGUUGGUGAAGGAGAAGACAGAGAGGGUGAGGAUGAUAAUACGAAAGAUGGCCUGGAUGAGAGUACUGAAAAAGAAGGAGAUGAAGCUGAGGAGGAUGAAGCCACGAAGGAAGAUGAGGACGCAAAUGAAGAUGUUGAAGAGACAAGAAAAAUACCCAGGAGGAGGGAUUUCUAUACCAUUUGUAAGGAUAAUGGCUUGCUUAAUCUGACCAAGAAAUUUGGCUUGUCACCGCUACAGUUCGCAGAGAAUUUGAGGGAUAAUUACCAGCGUCAUGAACCAGAGCAAGUGCCGGAAGAACCAGAAGAAUUGGCAGAACAAUACAUUUGCAAUGGUUUUCAAACGGCAGCAGCGGUGUUGGAAGGAGCUCGUCAUAUGCUAGCGGUUCAAAUUGCCAGGACUCCGUUGGUUCGCCAGAGUGUCAGGCAAGCGUUUUUUGACAGGGCCAAAGUCAGUCUUAUCCCAACAAAAAAGGGGAAAAAAGAAAUCGACGACUUCCACCAAUAUGCUGCUUUUAAAUACAUCAAACAUAAGCCUGUAAGGGAUCUACAAGGCGAGCAGUUCCUGAAAAUGUGUCAAGCAGAAAAAGAAGGACUCGUCGAAGUAAAAGUCGGAAUCGACUUGGAUGCAGAAUUAGGCUAUACUACAUAUCUCGAGGAGAUUAAGAUGCUGUUCUACAGGGACGAGUACAGUCGAGUGGUUCAAGAAUGGAAUAAACAUAGAACAAAAGUCCUCGUCAAAGCAUUAGAACAAAUUUUAUACCCAGCUUUUGCAAACGAACUGAAAUCUAAGCUGCUGCGAGAGUCAACAGAUUACGUCAUACAGCUCUGUGCGAGAAAAUUGAAGUCUUUGAUAGCCGUUGCUCCAUACCAAGGGGAUAGUCACGUGAGGCAAGAAAGUGACUUUGGAGGGCGUACGGAAACGGAGCAUGGUUGCAGGGUGCUAGCCUGUGGUUUCAUGCCAGAUCAGAAUGUUGCUGCAUUCAUAGCAAUGUUGGAUGGUGAUGGUGAAGUGAUCGAUUUUCUAAGACUGAAACAUUUAUUGAAAAGGAGGAAUGUUGGAAGACAGGCAGACCGAGAGGCCAAGGAACGGGAGUUUGAAACUGUCAAGAAGUUUAUUUUGAACCACAGACCUCACGUUGUCGCCGUGACUGCGCAAUGCAGGGAGGCGCAAAACGUCGUGGAAGAUAUUCGUUCUUGUAUUGUUGAUUUGGAACAAGAGCAGCAGAUGGCUCCCAUCUAUGUUGAGCUGGUUGACGGGGAAGUUGCUAAGAUUUACGAGGCCUCACCGAGAUCUACGACUGAAUUUAAAGAUUACCCGCCUCUUCUUCGGCAUGCUGUGUCUAUUGGAAGGAGGCUGCAAGAUCCUUUGAUUGAAUUCGCCGGCUUGUGUGACGGAGAAGGCGAACUAGAAUGCCUAAUUUUGCAUCCGCUUCAGGAAUUACUCCCAAAGGAGCAGCUUGCAAAAGCCCUGGAAGUCGAAUUCAUCAACCGGACAAACGUUGUUGGUGUUGAUGUAAACAGAGCUAUAGAGCAUCCGCAUGUCGCGGCGCUGAUCCAGUUUAUUUGUGGACUGGGCCCGAGGAAAGGUGGAGACCUCAUUAAGAAAUUGAAAACGCAGACAACACGUUUGGAAAACCGAUCUCAGUUGGUUCUAACAUAUGGCAUGGGUCCGCAAGUAUUCCUUAAUUGCGCCGGUUUUAUUAAAAUAGACACCUCGUCAAUCGGGGACAAUAUGGAAGUUCUUGAUAGCACGAGGAUUCAUCCAGAAACAUAUGACUGGGCGAGAAAGAUGGCAGUUGAUGCACUGGAAUACGAUGACGGUAUGGAAGAGGCCCAACCCUCUGCGGCUGUGGAGGAGAUUCUGGAGCAACCCGACCGCCUGAAAGACUUAGAUUUGGACGCAUUUGCCGAUGAACUGGCACGUCAAGGGUAUGGAAAUAAACAGAUAACGCUCUAUGACAUCAGAGAUGAACUGAUUAAUCGCUUCAAAGAUCACCGUGUACCGUACAGACAGCUAGAUCCAGAUGAGAAGUUCAAGCUGCUGACUGGUGAAACGGAGGAGACUUUGUUUGUUGGUAAGAUGGUCACUUGCAUCGUCACGGGAUUCGCCUACCGUAAGCCGUCAAGAGAGGCUUUGGACCAAGCCAAUCCUGUGCGAAAUGACGACACAAAUCUUUGGCAAUGUCCCUUUUGCCUCAAAGAUAACUUUCCAGAUCUCAGUGAGGUCUGGACCCAUUUCGAUAAUGGCAGUUGCGCUGGAGAAGCGGUAGGUGUCCGGGUACGGCUUGACAACGGAAUCUCCGGAUUCAUCAGCAACAGAAACAUCAGCGAUAAAGGUGUCAAGAGGCCGGAAGAUCGUGUUCAGCAUGGUAUGACUCUUCAUGCGCGGGUUUUAAAGCUAAACAUGGAAAGGUUCCAGGUUGAUUUGAGUUGCAAAUCCUCUGAUCUUGCGGACAAAGAAAAGAAAUUUAGCCCACCAAAAGAUUUGUAUUAUGAUCACGAUGCAGCAGAUAAAGACAAAAAGGUGGAAGAAGACGCUAAAAAGGCGCUUAUGAAACGAACAGCCUAUAUCAAGAGAGUCAUCUCGCACCCUGCCUUCAAAAACUUCACCUUCAGAGAUGCUGAAAAGUUUCUGGAAGAUCUGGAGCAAGGUGAAUGUGUCUUCAGGCCAAGUAGCAAGGGUAGUGAUCAUCUUACUGUGACUUGGAAAGUUCACACGGCAAUAUAUCAACACGUUGAUAUAAGAGAAGAAGGCAAAGAAAACGUGUUCAGUUUGGGAAAGUCCUUGUGGAUUGAGAAUGAGGAGUACGAAGAUUUAGAUGAAAUUAUAGCGCGAUAUAUUCAGCCCAUGUCAUCCCAAGCCCGCGAAAUCAUUAAUCAUCGGUAUUAUCGAGAGACAGAAGGUGGCGUCAAGCAGAAGUUAGAAGAAAUUUUAGUGACCGAAAAGCGAAAAAACCCGUCCAGAAUACCGUAUUUCUUUUCCGCAUCGCAGACCUACCCCGGGAAGUUCAUGUUGGGCUACAUGCCCAGGAACAAACCGAGAGUAGAAUAUGUCACAGUUUGCCCAGAAGGAUUUAGAUACAGAGGACGUGUGCACGGAAAUACUAACGCGCUUCUCCGCUGGUUUAAAGAGCAUUUCAGAGAUCCUAUACCAGGUCUUACCCCUAAACUGACACGUACACCAGGAGGCGGCUCUACUAACGCCACGCCGUACACCCCUGGCGGAACACCGCACUCUAUUUUGACCGACAUUGAUAUGAGUCGCCUCACACCUUUGUCGAUGCAAGGCUAUUCCAGGGGUACACCAGCACACUCAGCCAACCCAGCCGUUGCCAUUUUGCAGCAAGACCAAGCUCGAUCGUCCCCAGGACAGAAUUAUGGAAACCAGCAAUGGAACUCAUACAGACAAAAUCAACAGUUUCCAGAUCAAUACAACAGGUACGGGAAUUACUCUUCAAGACAGAAUACCCCGCAGCAACAGCAACAGCAAGACCAGCAGCAGUAUGUUAGAUAAGCACAGCAGGCAAAGCUGGGGUAUUUUAGAUAAGACAAUGGGUGGUGGAAUCGUUUGGGAAAUAUGGCCUAAUAGAAGACUUCGAUUGGAAAAUGAAGGACAGUUUUGGUUCUGUUCAGUUAGAUGAGGCAGCUUUUCUGGGCCUUCCAGUAAAUGGGUAACAUUUUUUCUGGAUUAUUGUAUAGGCAAUAGAUAUCAUGACAUUUUAAAUGAACUUGUAUUUUAUGCAUAAUGAUUAUGAUUACAUUGUUUUUGUUCAA